GUUUUCGAAACAGUCAAACAACGUAAGUCUAUGCAAAUGCUAACAAGAGGUUGUCAUGCUUAAACUGUCUAACUUUUAGAUUCGUCGAUGGGCCAUGUUACUUAAAACACUUUGUUUCUUUAUGAAAUAUGUCCUGGAGUCUACACGGAAGAGGCUUAGCUAGCGAAUGUGGCGGCAGAAAGGUAAGUUUGUUAAAAAGCAACUUUAGGGGGCUUGUGUACUUCACAGAUCGUUUCACAGGGUAUUUAUCGAGGCAUGAUAAUGCAUUCACCGUGAUAUUUCAAAUUUACUGUAUAGCGCAGUUUUGUGAAGAUUAAUUUUGAUGUUCGGGAUAACGUGAAAAAUUCCGAUCGAUGACAAGAUUUUGCAAUUUUAAACGUUUGCAAACCAUUUCAUCAGACAGCAUAAAGGGAAAAUGGAUAAACAAUUCAUGAAGCAGAUUGUUAGCUCUAUUAGCUUCUAGCUCCUUGCUCAAUGAAAGUUUAACUCAAGCUUUCUGUCCCCAUUAGCUUAUGUGGUCGCUAUAUUUAGUACAAGAUCAAAACCAGAGUUGAGAAGAAUAUGGAACGAAAGAACAUUCUUUGCGAUCCUAGCAAGUGAGAAGACAUAUCUAUACAUUUCCGCCUUGAAAAAAACAGGCCGGUAUGACCUAUGAACGCCUAUGACAGGCGAAUUCAAGUACAUGCAAGUACGUCGUAGACACCAGGUUUUUUUUUGUGUGUAUUGAAGAUGUCUGAAAGUUUAUGCUUUUGUUAGCUUUUCCCUUUGCUGUUAAACUCUUAUAUAAACGUAAAGUAUCGUGUGCGUCAAAAGCUGCAUGACACGGUUGAUAACCCAGGCGCAGUCACAUGCAUUGCGCGUUUUAUAUGACACGUACAAUUUACGGCUCUUCUGCUUUUUGGGAACAACAGAUCAGACAAGCAGCGCUUUUGUCAGGAAAUUGUCACAAGUGAACGAAAAGCCAAUGAUCAUAAUUAUAAUCAGUGUAUGCAGUCAAAGGAUAACUUACAAGGCAGUGAAAGCUAAUUCAUGGCUUCAAUAUUGAUUACGUACUUAAACAUUGACAUAGACAGGCAAUAUGAUUAUGAUGACAGUCAGAGUGAGCUCACUUAUAUUCUUAUAUUGUCGCUGGUAUGAGUCCAUGUCUGCGUUGUCGUCGGUUUUAACAUUUGUCUUGCUCGUCAGAGUUGUGUUUCUCAGGUUGAUUGUUUGUUUGUGUUUUCUCUAUCGCUCUCUUUGACAUUCGACAGACAGAUUAUUUGUUCAUUCAGUCAGCUGUUCAGUUUGCUUCAAAAAGCCGAUUCUCCCUUGAUAAUAUAUAAUGCGGGCUUCUAAAAACGACCUAGCGGUAAACUAUUUCCGAACUUUCAAUGUAUUUGCUUCUAUAUGCACACCGUGUCUCUUGUAAUUAUAAUAACUCCUUAAAGUCCAGCAAAGCGGAACUCAGUUAACCAGACCUCAAUAGCUCUUGUCCUGCUCAUGCGCUCGCUUAAUCAUAGCCAGCUCAAAGCGUUCUCGUUCGUACUAAAAAUCAAGCUGGUGUAUAGGCUAGAUGACGUCGAUGACUGAUGUAUUGGGUAUUUUAUAUAAGUUUUUAUAAUAAUGGUAUUCCUAUUAAUAGAUUCGCAUAUUUCUAAUUUGUAUACGAUAAACAGUAUUCGCCAACUCCCUUUACGCGUGACUUCGUCUUUAUAGUUUCAUGGUCUUGUAAUCAUAAAAAUAAAAUAACAAACAAAGCAAAAACAUGCAGGACCGAGCGAGUUAAUCGUUGUGGUAAACGAACUCACGUUUUAUCUUUCUUGCUAACGUAGGUUAAGAAUGAUUUCCAAGAUAUGAAUGUUUCCUUUCGCAUCAAAUUUGCUAAAUGGCGACAGCAGCAUCUUCACCCCUGGCCAGCUCUCCAGCGAAGACAAAUGGAAACAAGCUGAGCAGGCUUCUCAUCGAUGGUGGAACAACGGUGCUGAGGAAUAUUUUCGAUCACUAUCACCCACCUGUCAACUUGGCUUCUGAUCUCAAUUUCAAUUACUCCAUUCUUAACAACCUUUUGCGUAAAAGAGUGCUAAAUGGCCAUCAGUGGGACAAACUCUUCCCCCCUGGUGGAGGGGUGCCAGACUCCAACACGUUUGACAUCACUCUUCUGUUUCUGCUGCUAACUACCAUUUGCGGCUUAUCCCCUCCCCUGACAGGAUGGCACACCAAGCCGCCCCCUGCUGAUAACACUCUUGAGGCUAACCUUGCUCGCGUUAAGUUCUUCCGGAAUGAUUUGUAUGGUCACGUGACGUCCACAGGGGUUGAUGCGACAUCUUUCUCCUCCGUCUGGCAUGAAAUAAGCAUUACUCUUCAUUCGCUGGGUUUAGAUCAAGCUGAAAUUGACAGACUGAAGGCAGAGCAUGGAGCAGAGGAAGAUUACCUUGAUGCCUUAAGUGAGUGGGCUGACAGUGAAGAGGACAUAAAAACGCAGUUGAAAGACAUCCACCAGACGCAACUAAAACUCAGUAAAACAGUUGAAGAUGGCAAUUUAAACAUGGAAGAUCUACGUCAAGCCCUAAGCAAAACUCAGGAUGUUGUAGAUGAAGCAGUGGGGAUAGAACUCAAAGGACAUCAAGAAUUGAGGGCAGCACACAAGGAAAGCAUGUCACGUUUAGAGGGAGUGUGUGAGUCCCAAACUAAAACCAGCCAAGCUGUGGACGAAAUUCGUGAAUCAAUUCAAGAAGUAAAACAGGAAGUAAAAAGCUUGACGAAAAAGAAAAGCGAUCACGCAGAUGAAGUGCUUAGGACCCUUGUGAAGUUUGAAUUCAAAGGAGACACAGAAUUUCAUGCAAAGAAAUUCCAGGAAGGAACUCGUGAGUGGAUCUUCAAAAGGAUCGAAGACUGGUUAGACGACCGGAGCUCGCCACAUCGGGCGAUGGUAAUCAGUGGAAAUCCAGGGAUGGGAAAGACUGUUAUCUCCGCUGUUGUUUCGCAAAGAAUUCAAAAAGCUGGAAGACUCUCGGGAAGCCACUUUUGUCAGCAUGACGAUUCACGGUACCGAGAUCCACGUUUAAUGCUCCAGUCUUUGGCUUGUCACUUGUGUCAAGCGAUGCAAAAUUACAAAAAUGCUCUAGUGGAACAGCUGUCAAGAAAUCUGGGUAAAGACCUCAACAACAUGGGUGUUAAAGAGCUGUUUGCGUUGCUCUUCAAAGAGCCUCUAAGCACAGUACAAGAUCCUGGAAGAAACAUCCUAAUAGUCAUAGAUGGCCUCGAUGAAAGCGAGUACAAAGGACGAAAUGAGCUUCUACAUGUAAUCAGUAACCACUUUUCUAUGCUUCCAGUCUGGAUUAGAAUACUCAUUACAACUCGUCCAGAGAAGAACGUUACAGAGGCAUUGCGACAUUUGAAACCAAUAGAGCUUGAACAAAAACAAGAAGAAAACUUAAAGGACAUUCAAACCUUGUUUGAAACACAACUCAGCCUCAAAAUUGGUGAGGAGCAUAAAGAUGUUCUCUUGAAAGAGCUGGUCAAGAAAUCAGAAGGCCUUUUUAUUUACGCUUACUUUAUAGUGGAUUUUAUCCAAAAGAAUGUUUCAAUUCUCAGCACUGAUCAGCUGGAAAGUGUGUUACCUUCAGAUAUUUCAUCUGUUUAUCUGUCCUAUUUUACACGGUUAGAGGAUGAACUUUGCAAAGAGCUUCAUGCAGAUGAGGAACAUUUUUUGCGUUUCUUGUGUGCAUUGACCGCUGCAAGGGAACCAUUACCAGUAGAAUUCAUUGCCAAAAUUCUAAACCCGGGUGGAAAAUCUUUGACUGCGCAGCGAAAAGUUAAAAAAGCAAUAUCUUGCAUCUCUACACUGUUACCAGUUCGCGAGGGUCGCCUUCACUUUUUUCACAAAUCAAUCAAGGACUGGCUAAUAGCAUCAUCGCCUUAUGAACAACAUGAUUUUACCGCGGAUGAGAAAGAAGGUCAUAUUGUUCUUUCUGAUCUCUGUGCUUCUGAACUCGAAAGCUUGCAGCGAAAAGGGGUUCAUGGCAAACAGUUUUCGAAUACUGAAACAUAUGCUUUGCAUCAUGGUACCCAGCACAUGCUUCAGUUGGUGAAUGAUCAUGACUGCGCUGACGCAACAAGAGCCAAUAGUGUCAAAGCAGAACAGGUCUACAAAUACGCAACGGACCUGGAGCUUGUUUAUGCGAAACUUAAAGUUAAGAGCACAUUCGCUACAGAAGAUCUUCUCAGUCUUCACAGUCAAAGUUGCAGUUUAUUAAGCGAUGAAAGAGAUUUCGUUGUGACUUCUCUCCUUAGCCUUCUUAAAAAACACUCUUAUAUCUUGGUUGAUCACCCUCACCUACUUUUCCAAUGCUUGAUUAACGAAGGAAUUCCUGAAUUAUCGUCUUCAGCAGAAAUUACCCUUGAAUCGUCAACACCCAAAAUACCCUACAUGAAACAUUUAAAGAAUGAAGACCAAAGAAGAGCUAAUAAGGCAAGGUUUUACUGUUCAGACAAAAUCGUUUGUUUUGAUGUUUCACCUGAAAUCGACUACUUGAUAUGCGAAUGUCGAGAUGGAACUAUCUGUCUGUGGUCCCUUCUGACAGGUAACAAGAUAUGGGUUCGGCCAACAUUGACGAAGAAAGAGUUCUAUUCUGGAUAUCCAGACGACAGUGCAUACCGUGUUGUAGGUAAUAACUCUUUGUCUUAUUACCGUUCUGUGACGUUUCAUCCAAAUGGGGAAUCUGUGCUAGCAGGGACACUCCAAUUUGUGUAUACUCUGGGUGGAGAUAGGAAAGACCUUUUCCCCAGCAGUGAUAGCAUUUUUUCAAAUUUCGUCUUUUGCAAAGACAAGAAAGAAGUUUUAACUGACCGCCCAAAUAAGCCAAAGGAGGUAGCCUUGUGGAAUAUAGUAAAUGGUGAGAACGUCUUAAACAUCAUUGCUGACGAAGAAAUUGCUACCUUUACCAUUUCAGAAGACGGGUCACAAGUUGCUUUUUCCCAAGUGACGUUUGAAAUUAUUAUUUUUGAUCGAGUUAACGAAAGUGUCCAGAGGAUUCUUCGAACUGAGUCGGGGGUUUGUGGACUGNGUAACAAGAUAUGGGUUCGGCCAACAUUGACGAAGAAAGAGUUCUAUUCUGGAUAUCCAGACGACAGUGCAUACCGUGUUGUAGGUAAUAACUCUUUGUCUUAUUACCGUUCUGUGACGUUUCAUCCAAAUGGGGAAUCUGUGCUAGCAGGGACACUCCAAUUUGUGUAUACUCUGGGUGGAGAUAGGAAAGACCUUUUCCCCAGCAGUGAUAGCAUUUUUUCAAAUUUCGUCUUUUGCAAAGACAAGAAAGAAGUUUUAACUGACCGCCCAAAUAAGCCAAAGGAGGUAGCCUUGUGGAAUAUAGUAAAUGGUGAGAACGUCUUAAACAUCAUUGCUGACGAAGAAAUUGCUACCUUUACCAUUUCAGAAGACGGGUCACAAGUUGCUUUUUCCCAAGUGACGUUUGAAAUUAUUAUUUUUGAUCGAGUUAACGAAAGUGUCCAGAGGAUUCUUCGAACUGAGUCGGGGGUUUGUGGACUGAUGCAUUUCACACCCGAUACUAAGAACACCCUUGUUUGCGGGUUUCUUGGUUUUACUGUCGAG